GGUUGCCCGCCACUGUAUCGGUUUCUCACCGCGGUCUCCCGUAUUAUCUCUCCGUCGUCGAAACUUACAUCGCAUAAACUUACGCACCGAACUUCACGCGAGGUCGUGUGUGUCUUGCGAUUGGGUAGAAAAACACCCGUAGACGUUUUUUUUCUUUCGACUUUUUUUUUUUUUUUGGUUUUUUUGGUCUUUUCCUCUCACAGAUAUUUUUCUGCUCGACGCCGUCGAUCGUCGCGGAUAUACGGACAAAAACUAUUAUUUGCACUGCCGUCGACGAACAGACCAUCGCGCAAUAACUAUAUAUACAUAACCACAUUAAUAAUAAUAAUAAUAAGAGGACGUUCUCAAUCAUCUAUCGUUUUCCGUACGGUUAUUUUUAAUUUUCUUCUCCCGGUCCUUCGAUCCCCGACACCCCGAAAACCGUUCACGUCUCGAUCGCCCGCACCUGCAACACCGCGAUCAUGAAUAUGCUGUACCCGAAUCUGCUGUUUUGGAUGUACGUGGUGUUGACACUGGCCGAACCUCCUUACAUCAUUCCGUUCAAAGAAUUGGACAAUGCCGAUUUAUAUGUACCAGUUGACCCUAACAAGGUUCCCAAGUUCUUGAACAAGCCAAGCACAUACCAAGUCGUUACCAAAGAUACAAUUGUUUUACCAUGCGAAGUAUAUAAUCCAGAAAAUUUUGUGCUGGCUUGGAAAAAGGGAAUAGCAAUUUUGACCGCUGGUACCACCAAGGUGACCCCGGAAGAGCGUAUCCGGAUCGUCGAAGGAUACAACUUGGAGAUACGAAAUGUUCAAAUCAACGACGCUGGCAAUUACAUAUGCCAGAUCGGCACACUCGAACCAAUAGAAUUAAAACACACUCUGCAAAUACUCAUUCCACCAAGGAUCACUGGUAUAACAUCAAAUGGAAAAGUGAGCGCAAAAAAAGGGUCAGAUGUGACUCUUCAAUGCAAUUCAACAGGAAACCCACCACCAACCAUAACAUGGUCACGUAAAAACAAUAUGUUGCCAAAUGGUGAAAAGACAUUUGUCGGAAACUCGUACACAAUUGACUCUGUCCGAAGACAAGCGGAUGGAGUUUACAUCUGCACCGCCUCAAAUAAUAUCGGGACAACCGUGAACGAAGAAAUCGAUCUAAAUAUACUAUAUCCUCCGGAAGUUAAAGAAGAACAGUCUAUUGUAUUCACGGUGGAAGGACAAGAAACUGAAAUCGUCUGUAUAGUACACGCAGAGCCCAAAGCUGACGUUUUGUGGUAUAGAGACACGUUGCAGUUGGACAUGACCGAAUGGCGGAUUACCGACGUCAGAGGCAACCGAUACACUUUACGCUUGAGAAAAGUGCAAAAGACCGAUUUUGGCAAUUAUUCAUGUGUGGCCGAUAAUGGACUUGGCAAAAGCAAACGAUCCAUCGAAGUGACUGGAAGACCAGACGUCGCGGUCAUCACCAGCUCGAAACAAAGCCGUUCGAAAAAUUCGUAUGAAAUGUUGUGGACAGUGAAAAGCUACAGCCCGAUUAUAGAAUACAAAUUGCUAUACCGUCCAGACAGGACAAACAAAAGCAACCAAGAAAUUCAGUAUAAACGUCCCAUGAGAAGAUGGAACGAUGAUUGGACAGAAUUGUUGCUUAACCCUGCAUCCACCGACCAAUUGGAAAAGAGCCGAACUGAAACCAUCCGUGAUUUGGACCCCGGCACCAAAUACGAAGCAACCGUUCAAUCCAGAAACCGCUACGGUUGGAGCGAAGUUUCCCAAUCUUUCUUCUUCACCACCAGCACAAAGAACGAAGCACACCCAGCCAAUUCAGUUCUUUCCGACCCAGAAUUAAGAGACAUGAGCAUCACCGCUAUUAACAAGGCAGCUCCUAAGACCAUCCAGACACCAUUGCUUUGCAUUAUGGCCAUGGUCACCUACUAUUUUGCUUAAAUCCAAAUAAAAGUACCAUUCAUCUCUACCUAUGCCCUCCAUAUGUUUUCACGGAUACCUUUGCACCUUCUUCACCGCUACCCAUCGUCGAAAUAUGGACCACGCCGAAAAUCCUUCUUCACUAUAUAAUACCUACCGUCUACUUCAAGAUACUGCGCACCGUAUUAUAAAUACUUCACGUCGUUAUAGUAACAAUAUACGCCACUGGCAUGUUACUACUGGCCUUUUGAAAUUGUUUUCAAUUAUCAUGCACAUGGUUAAAAUAAUAACAAUUCUACCACCGCCAUUGUAAUUUACACGCCGCGUCUAUUACAUUCAAAAUACGACGUUUCGAUCAGAAGUAGUUUCGAGUAUCAUUCGGUUUCAAACAUUCCCUCUCCAGUAAUACAUUUAUGCUUACCCGCCUAAAGUAACUAAUCAAACGUUGUUCAUCUAUUAUGAGUCGGUAGUUCAACAUGACUCUUUGCCGGUCGAUUACUAUCUUGGUAAGGCUUCCACCCCCGCACGGUAAUUUCAUUUAAAUAUUUAAUAGAUUUAAAAAUGGAACAAUACUUACUCUUAUUCUCAUUUACUCGACGUUUCUAAACCCUUGUGUUUAUCUUUCCCCCCUCCCCAAGGUCCAUAUUUGAUUUGAUUUUUACUUGUUCAUAUUAUGAACUAUAUGGUACUAUUUUACCUAAAUCGCUUAAUUUUAUUUUUUCAUUAUUUUUUUUAUUUUUUCCGUGACCAAAAUCCUGAGCCAAUAAAACUCAAAUCACGCUAAAGACUGUCUUCUUUAAAUCCUUCACUCGGUGUUGUACUAUAAUGUAUCUUUACAAUAACAAUCGAUACAGCAAUGAUCAUCGUACACAAAUGAACAUCGAUACAGUUUUCUACGAACGCAUCAUGAGUUUAGUAGAUGUACGAUACACUGUAGAGACCACCAUUAAUACCGGAACGAUAAAAUGUCUAUGAAAAACCAUUCAAAAUAAAAUAGUGACAUAAUUUAUAUAAAUAUGUACAAGGAUCACUAGGCGCCUAUUUAUAAACUGUACAAGAAUCGAGCAUUCCAAAAUGGAUAUUACUACAGCCAUUAAAUAAUAAACAAUUUUAAUUUAUUUAUUAUAACGACACAAUUUAUACUACGCCAUCAAUGACAAACAUUCAAUAUUAUGCUUUUAAACGACGUUUCUCAAUAAUUUUGAAUAAGAAAAUUCCGGUAUGCUAGAUCUAUGAAACAAUAUUAUUUUAAUCGACCAAUGCUAAGUGAAAAUAAAAAUAUUAUCCUCACAAAUUAAUUAAAACCAAAAUCCGAUUGUAAUACAUUGUGCUACUAUUAGCCACACAUAUACAAUAUACAUGUGCAUAUUAUUAGGUACUAAUAAACCAAUAAUUUUACCAAAACAUCUAUACUUUAGAAAAUAAUAAAUUCACAAAAUAUUGA